AUGAGAUAUCGAGACUGCCUCCAUUCUUUUAUUUUAGUGUUUAAUGACGCAGAUCAAAUCAAACCAAAACUCCAAACAGCUGCAAGAAAACCAAAGUGCGGCCUCUCCAGAGUCUGUCCGUCUGACCAUUUUGCUAUACACAUCAGCAGCGGAGCAGCGAAUGUUGUUGGGCCAAGGAUCUGUUUUGAUGGUGAAAUCAUUAUGAGUAACGUGCUGAAUAAUGUGGGACCAGGACUGAACAUUGUGGUGGUAAAUGGUGAAAAUGGAAUAGUGGAAAAAGUUGACUACCUUAAUAUAAAAAAUGGAAUCACAAAAGACAUCCUGGCGUACCUGAAGGAGAUAAAACCUGGAGCGAUCGUCUUGGUGGCCUCGUUUGAUGAUGUGACAACAAAAAUGACAAAAGAAAUGAGGGAGGUGUUCGUCGGGAUGGGAAGCACUUUGAUCAACUCUGUGAAACGCAGAGAUAGCUGGGUGUUUGCUGGAAGAGCAGGGACAGGAAACAAAAGCCUCUUUGAGAAGCAAGCUGUUAAUGAUGUGAAAACCAACAUUUAUGAAGGCUGGCCGGACAUGGUGGAGGUGGGCGGCUGUUUCCCCAAGAACCGAACUGAAGGAAUGAAACCUUAAAGGACUUUUGUGAUGAAAAGGAGAAUAUGACUUAUUGAGACCCUACCCUGUAAAUAUGAUGCCUCUCCGAAUAGUUUGACACUCCUUCUGAAGCUCAGAACUUAAAGGUGCAAUUGUUGACAUCGAUAACAUUUAGCCGUUAGAUGUCUCACUCUUCUUCCCUCGUUCCAUUGCUUUCACUUCACAACAAGUGGUUGCCAUUUUAUGGUUGAGUGGAGUGAGACUUAGACAGUCACGUCAGGUCAUGAAUCAGCUAUAGUUUUUCCACACUAACUGGCAACUUGAU